AUGUCUGACGUUGCAAAGAAGGCUAACGCCUGGACUCAAGAAACCAAAAAUGGGCUUCUAUUGCAUAUCAUCGCACAGCUCAAGCCUAAGUGCAAGCCCACCAAUUAG